AUGGCAGCUCAAGAGUACUUCGGUGGCAGCAGUGCCACCCCCGCCAACCCUGAUCGCCGUCAGCAGAACCCCUCUCCCUGGUCAUCCCCAGCCGUCGACACUCCCAGCUCCACCGGAUACGGCUCGUAUCCCCCCUCCGUCGAGAACGGCCACGACCGAUACGGCGCCUCUUCUCCUUAUCCCCCUCAGGGCGCUGGAGGCUACAACAGACCUUACAGCCCAUACCAGCAGCCGUCCCCUCAGCCCGGCUACCAGAACCCUGAAUACUCAUCUUACGGUGGACGCCCACCUUACCCACAGUACGAGCAGCCUUCACAUUACGGCCAGCCUCCCUCCGAGUCGAGGCCCUACCCGCCUUACCCUCAGCACGAAGGCUACGCCUCCCACCAGCAACCUCCUCCAUACUCUCCUGAGUCGUCCACCGACCCCGCCGCCGCCGGCGAAGGCGAGAAGGGUAUCAUGGGCGCCCUCGCAGGCGGAGCAGCUGGUGGUUUCGCAGGACAUAAGGUCAACCACGGUUUUCUCGGCACCAUCGGUGGAGCUAUGAUGGGCUCCGUGGCCGAAGACGCAGUGAAGAAGCACAAGGAGAAGAAAGAGCACGAGGAAGAAGAGCGCCGUCGCGAGGAAGAACGUCGCAGAAUGGAAGAACAGCGUCGUAGGGAAGAACAAUACAGGAUGUCUCAGCAGCAGCACCAGUACCACCACAGACCUCCUCCCCAUCACGGCGCGCCUCUGCGCGGAAACUUCUCCGCUUCGGCUCGGGAUAUCCGCCUCGAAAGUCACCACGAUCUGGUGGCUGCUUGUGGACGGGUGUCUGGGGAGCUGCAGCUCUCAGUACUUCCGCUGAACAGUGUGUUGGCUAAUCACUGGGGAAAGUUUGCGUGGGAGCGGAAUGGAAACUUUGCGGCGUCUGCUAGGAAUGUUCGCUUGGUCGAUGGGGGCCGUGUGCUGGAGGCGGAGUUGGCGGAUGGCAAUGACGGAUGGAAUCGGACCUGGAUUCGUCUGGAUGAGAGAAUUACGAACCAGAAUGGUCAGCUGAUGUUCCUGGAUUAG